GUUCCUCCCUCUUGCCCUUUCUCACCUCCAGAUUCAACCCACAUCUCGUCCAAGUUACAACCACCAGACACAGGAAAAUACCAACCAACCAUGCGGUGGCAACACUCCCGCCACCUCUUCCGCCUGCCCUCGCGCUCCACCCCGCGCUGCCGCCAUAUCAGCACCGCCAACAGCGCCCCCGUCCUCUUCGACGGCCUCGUCAAAGGCAAUCGGCACGCGCUCGCGAAAGCCAUCACACUCGUGGAGUCGUCCCGGGCCGACCAUAAGCAGGAGGCGCAGAGGCUGCUUGCGAUGGUAUUGGAGCUGGGGAAGAGGGCGAGGGGUGGGAAGGGGUCGGGGUUGCCGACUACUUUUCGGAUAGGGCUGUCAGGGAGUCCCGGGGUGGGAAAGAGCUCCUUCAUAGAGACGUUUGGAUUAUACCUCAUAUCGCAGGGUCACAAAGUCGCAGUUUUGGCUGUGGACCCUUCAUCCUCCCGUACGGGUGGAUCCAUCUUAGGAGACAAAACCCGCAUGCCCGACUUGUCGCGGCAUGACAUGGCGUACAUCCGGCCAUCGCCGUCUUCAUGCACGCUAGGGGGCGUAGCAAGGAACACCAAUGAAGCCAUUCUUCUGUGUGAAGCUGGAGGUUAUGAUAUCAUAUUGGUCGAGACGGUUGGCGUCGGACAAUCAGAGACCAUGGUCUCAGAGAUGACGGAUUUCUUCACACUGCUCGUCGCGCCAGGAGGAGGGGACGAGCUGCAGGGGAUGAAAAAGGGAAUCGUGGAGCUCUCGGAUCUGAUCCUGGUCAACAAGAGCGAUGGCGAUUUGGAGCCUGCUUCCAGAGUCGCGGUUAUGGAGUAUCUUAGUGCGCUUAAGUUUGUUACGCGGAAUUGGGAAGGGUGGCGACCGGAGGUCCUGCCGGUGUCGUCACACCGAGGCAAGAACAUUCCGGAAACGUGGGAGACGAUGAAGCGAUUCUAUGAUGCCAGCGAGUCAGCAGGGGAGCUGUACAAGCGACGCGGUUCACAACGAACGCACUGGAUGUGGCGGCAGAUCAACGAUGAGUUGAUGUGGAGGUUGAAAACCGACAAACCCGUCCGGCAGAUGAUAAACACCCUGGAACCCCAGGUGUAUGAAGGACUCCUCACGUCGGGACAAGCGGCUGAUAAGGUGCUGCAUGAGUUUAUAGAUAGGCAGCGGUCGGGGCUUGUCAAGUGACGGUUCGCAAAGGCACAUGUUGAACAUCUGCUAUGCAAGGGGGUUUCAGAAGAUACUGCCAGGGUGGGAGGGAGGGUGCCGGAUGGACAUUACAAUAUGAAUUUCUCAUUAGCGCGCGGCGUAGGCCGUUUAUAGUUCAAUGUAGCGAUAGACGGAGCUGUAGGAUGACGGGGCGUAUUGAGGCGAAUGAAUCUUUACAUCGAAAUCCAUAGCUUUCGGACUGCUUUCCGGUCGGGGGAUGUCUGAACCUGACUGUGAACGCGUU